AUGGUGUCCUCGCGCAAACGGACAUUGCAGGAGGCUGAAGAUGCCACCCACGAUGAGCCAUCGCUGCUUCAUCGCAUUCGAAACCAAUGGCAAUUCGCCAACCUGUGUCAGUGGAUCUACCUAUUCGGCAAAGUCGUCAAGAUCGAUGACAACCUGGAUACAGAGGAUAUUGAGGCCGAAUGCCUGAAGCCGAAUGCACCCGUCCUUCAGGACAUAGGACUUGCUUUGCUGAAGUUUAUCUCUUCGCAUCGCGGUUUAACGCACGAGCUGUUCGAUGAGUACACGCGGCGGCAAUAUUUGGCAAGGGCUCCUGAGAAGAAUCCAUUCGGAACAGAAGAGACUGCGGCCAAAUUUGCAGAUUUCGAUGUACUGACCAAGGUACUAUUCAUUGGAAGCUUGAAGUCUGUGUGCGCCACUGACCCAUCACAGAUCCAAAUCCUCCAACAAAUGACACAAUGGAUCAUGGUCCGCCCUGAGCGCAUCAGAGAGAAGAUGGAGGAGCAGAAGGACGUUGACCAAGCGAGCUGGAGGAUAGAACCCAUUGGCUGGGACAAGGACGACCGAACGUACUUCGUCCUUGAUGACAACAGAGUCUACCGUAUGACCGAGCCACCCCCCAAGCCGGCGACACCCAAGAAGAAGUCAAAAGUAACCAAGUACGGUUCCCGAUCGAACAAGAGACGACGCGUCUCUGGAACAAACGGCACAGGUGAAGCAGAGCAUUCUGUCAACGAGCCGGCUGAUGAAGUUGCUUCUACAGCACCAGAAGAUGAUGGUCUUGGCGGCAUGAAGUGGGAAUGCCUCGCCGUGAGCUUGGAGGAUGUACAGGGCAUCAUCGCUUCGUUCCACAAGACCAAGGACGACAACGAAAAGAUUCUUCGAGAUCAGCUCCAGGAGCACCUGCUUCCCAUUCUAGAAAAGCAGGAGGAAUCGAGAAAACGCAAGGAGCAACAGCGGGAGAGGGAGCUCCUGAAUCUGGCUAAGAUGGCGAAUGCGAAGCGAUCCAGCCGAAUUGCGAACAAGGCUGAGCAGCAGAAGCAAGAGGAAAAGGCUCAAGAAGAGGCAAAACUCAUGCAGGCUCAACGAGCAGCUGCAAAGAAGGAAGAGCAGCAACGGGCCAAACUUGAGAAGGAGCGGGACUCGAGACUGAUGUCCCGAGAAAAGCGACUCCAAGAUCGAGAAACACGCCGUUUACAACACGAACGCGAGCUCUCCCAGUUGUCAGAGGACAACCGCAGUGGUUCGGGCCGCAUAUCAGAACGGCGGCUGCAAGCUGAGAUUGAGAAAAACAAGCGCGCACUUGAAGAGCUUGAAGAUGAAGAGGACGACUGGAUCUUUGACUGCAUAUGCGGUGUCUACGGCCAAGUUGACGAUGGCACACAUAGUGUGGCGUGCGAGAAGUGCAACGUCUGGCAACACAGCAAGUGUCUCGGCAUAAGCGAGAAUGAGGCUGAGAAACCAGAGUUCCAUUUGAUAUGCCAGUCCUGCAAGCGGCGUGAGGUUGAGGCGGCGGCGGCGAGGCCCAAGACCACCAUCAAGCUCAAGGUUCAUCGUUCAGCCGACGCGUUGUCCUCGCCUUCGAAUCGCCCCCUUGGUGAAAGCAACUCCCGUCCAGCAUCAUCAGGGCUGGCAGUGGAAAGUCCAGCUGUGAAAGCAAUGGCAGGUCAAGCGCUCGAAACUGGUAGGCCAGGGUAUGAUCAAGCUAUAGCAGAGGUUCACCCACCGACGGAACCUGCUGGUUCGAAUCUUCUGAAGAAAGGGAACGGGACUCCGAACGAUCUUUCUUUUGUUGCUGGCUCCUCUGGGCCCCUGGGCAAAAUGAAUGGAACACGGCUAGCCAGCGAGAGCAGCCCCAGGCCGACAACCCCAAAGGGCGAGAACGGUGAAGACCACGGUAGAUCUCAACAGCUUUCCAACGGUAUCAGGGCGCCCACGAACGAUGGCGACAAGGUGCCGUCAAGCCCGACCCGUGUCGAAAAGACGCCUGGCCCCACGGACCCUACAUCACCCAGGUACGGAAACUCAAGUUUGAUGGCCACGCCCAUCAUCAGCCGAGAGCAUGGCAUUCCCGGCUCAGCACACUCAUCUUUCACGCUGCCAGCUCCAGAGGGCGGUCUAUCCCCAAUCAAACAUUCUCCUCCCAUGCCACGUCCACAGCCACCCAGCGUCAAGACCCCUGCUCUACCGGCUGUCCUGCCGCCUGUGGCGACACUUUCACCAUCCCCGCGGCAACAAAUCUUGACGCCGCCGAUCAAGCCCACUGAGCCUGUUCGAAGACCGCAACCAUCAAGGACAAGCCCUGGAGCGAUCUGA